UUGAAAAAAUGUAGAAUAUUUUGUUGUUUUUGUUUAACUGGCAUAAUUAUAUUUAAAUAAAUAUAAUAAAUACAAAGUUUUUAAUUGAUAAUUUGUUAUAUUAUUAACAAAAUUAUAUGAACAAAUGAGAUAACUCAAAACCGCUGUAAUAUAUAAUGGAUUUGGAUAAAACUAUAAAUUUCAACUUAGGAAUUCUCGGUCAUGUAGAUUCCGGGAAAACUACUUUAGCGAAACUUUUGAGUACACAAGCAUCUACGGCCGCUUUUGACAAGCAUCCAGAAUCUCAACAAAGAGGAAUAACAAUAGAUUUAGGAUUUAGUUCUAUGGUGAUGGAUAUUCCUGAACAGCUUAAAAGCUCUGCUUCAGAUAUCGGGAAAAUUCAAAUUACAUUUGUUGAUUGCCCUGGUCAUGCCAGCUUAAUUAGAACCAUAAUAGGAGGUGCUCAAAUUAUAGACAUGAUGCUUCUCGUUGUAGAUGCUCAGAAAGGUUUUCAAACUCAGACUUCUGAAUGUCUUGUGAUAGGGGAACUUACUUGCGAAAAACUGUUUGUUGUUAUUAAUAAAAUCGAUUGUUUUGAAGAAUCAAUACGUGAUAAAAGUAUAUAUAAGAUGAAAUUACGAAUUUCAAAAAUUUUAGAAAAAACAAAAUUCGGAAACAACGUACCUAUUUGUGGCAUAUCUGCUUUAAAAAAUUUAUAUAUAGAAGAUUUUUUGAAGAAAUUGCAGCAGCAUUUAUUUAUACCGAAAAGAAAUUUUAGUAAACCAUUUUUAUUUUACGUAGAUCAUUGUUUUGCUAUUAAAGGUCAAGGAACUGUAUGUACUGGUACUAUAAUUGAAGGAAAAGUUUCUGUUCAGCAAACUGUAGAGAUUCCUAAUUUUAAAGAACAAAAAAAAGUUAAAUCCAUUCAGAUGUUCAAGAAGCCAGUACAAACUGCACUUCAGGGAGAUCGUGUUGGUAUAUGUGUUACACAAUUUAAUCCAGAGCAAAUGGAAAGAGGAAUAUUAGCUGAACCAGGUUCUGUUCGCAAACUUUAUGCUGGUAUAAUAAAAUUUAAUAAAAUUAAAUAUUUUAAGUAUACUAUAAAAUCAAAGUCAAAAUUUCAUAUUACUAUUGGCCAUGAAACGGUUAUGGCCAAAGUUUUGCUAUUUAAACGAAAUAUCGAAACAAAAGAAUCUUACAAUUAUUUUCAAAUUGAUAAAGAAUAUGAAUAUGUAGAGGAAGCGGAAAUUGAUAAUUUUCCAAAUGAUAUUUUCAUUCUCUUAGAAUUUGAAAACCCAGUUUUAACUGUUUCAGAUACUUUAGUAAUUGGUUCAAAAUUAGAUUUAGAUUUGGAAACCAAUGUCUGUCGAAUAGCUUUUUGGGGAAGGUUGUUAUGGACUUCCAAUUCAGUUAAUUAUGUGGACAGUGAUUUGAAAAAUCUAAAGAUAUAUAAAUACAAAACAAAACAAGGAUCAAUUCAAAGAAUUGUGAAUGAAAAUGAAGCUAUUGUGCAUGGUUUAUUUAAGAAGGAAAGUAAAAGGGAUAUUUUCAUUGGUAAAAAAAUAAUUUUAAGUACAGGUGAAGAAGGAUUAAUUGAAAGUAGUUUUGGUAAAUCAUCAAAAGUAAAAGUUACAUUUAACAAUGGUCUAAAUUCUACAACUUUAGAGAAAUUGAAGAGUAAAAACAGUGAUGUUUUAGUUUUGUUAAACUUUAAAAAAUAUAUUUUUGAUAAAAAUAAAAGCAUAAUACAGUAA